AUGUACACUCUGGUCACAGUCGCAGAUGUGGUACAAAUUCAGCCGUCCGACUUCGAGAAGCCCAGUCUUCGCGCCAUCGAAGACUUUAUCAAUGAGAAAUAUGCCGACAAAGUCAUCCACAAGAUCGGCCUUUGCGUAGGCUUCCACUCGCUCAUAUCUGCCUCGGAAGGACUCAUCGGUCACGGCACAGGUAUAGUGAAUGUCAACGUCGACUUCAAACUGAUCGUAUUCCGACCAUUCAAGGGCGAGAUUAUCCGCGCCAUCAUCUCACACUCCAAUGCCACCGGCAUCUUCAUGUCGAUGGACUUCUUCGAGACCAUCGCCAUACCACCGGAAUUCUUCUUCGAUCCGUCCAAGUGGCAAGACGACGGCUCUGGCAACAAGAUCUGGGUCUGGAAUAGUGACGAGAAUACCGAGCUUUAUUUCGACAAGGCGGAGAAAUGCUUGAUUCGUGUCGAGCAGGAGCAUUGGAAGGAUCUUUCGCCUGACAUGAAAGGGUCGGCGAAUUUCGAGUCGAUGGAGAGGGACAGUCAUGGCAUGAGGGUCUCUCCUUACAAGAUCCUGGGUAGUAUGCUGAUGUCUGGAUUGGGUCCGGAUUUGUGGUGGAUCGGUGAAGAUACAGCACCCGACCCCAUCGCCUCUCGAAUUGUGAACGGCGAGGACGAGGAUGUGGACAUGGCCUGA